AUGGAAGAUGUGGCAGAAUCUCAUGAGCUGACUGUCGAAGUUGACCUGGAUAAAGAUGGAAAGAUAUUGUGCCAUAAAUGUGGGAUUCACUUUACCACCACUUCAAACUUCAGAAGACAUGAAAGAGAGCAGCAUGCUGGACAAGAACCAAUGUGGUGUAUUGACCCAAAAAAUGGUCUGUACAUUACGACAAAAAAUUCUCAUGGUGUGAGACUUCCCAUACAUACUCAGAAGUGUAUACCAGAACGAAAGUAUGACUGUGAAGUGGAGGAAUGCAGGGACUUCAUGAACAUAGCUGCCCAAGGUGGAGACCCUGGAAAAGAGUGCCUUCAUCUUGAGAGGACAAGAAAUUCACUUCCAUAUAUUACACCAGCUGCGCUAUGCAAUGAAUCAAUAAAUGAGAUGGUGGACAAAGGAAUUGUUUCUAGUUCUAGGAGAGAAGAAUGUAUUUCAUUGUUCCAGCGUGCUCAAUCGGAAGAAGUAGACUGUUUGCUUCCAAUUUUUUUGGGGAAACACGGUCUCUCUGAAAGAUACAUCUACUUCUCAGUGUUCACUGGCGAGAAAGACAACUGGUGCAGAUUUGGAAGGACAAUUUCAACAUUUGACACUAAACUCGGAAAAUGGCACUGCCAGUGCGUAGUUGCAAAAAUCAGAAGUAGCUGUGUCCAUCGAUGCAUAUCUAUGUGGUGGCUUUUCCAGGAGCGCCGUCAUUUGGUCAAAAAUGCUAUGGGAGAGGACUUUGAGGAUAUUGAGGAGAGCAUUAGUGGAAAUGUGGGUACAGAACAUCAUCCGGAAUAUACGCAAAGUAGCGUGAUCGCCAUGACAAACUACUUGUGGAAUUCCAAGAGAAUUCCAGAGGAACUGCCACUGGAAUUAACCAAAACCGAGAUGCCCAUUCCAGAUAAGUUUGAGCCAGCAGAGCUUACUUGUCCUUACUGUCCUGGACCCUGUCCUCCUGAUCUUGGAAAUGCAUUCCUUAUAACAACACAUGCAACAAUUUAUGGAAUAUUUUCACAGAAUAAAGGUAGGAUGAAGACUUACACACAGUUGUUACACACAAGUAAUUUGGAUAAACUAAUAAUACUAAUAAUAUGUUCUAAUAUGUUAUUCUGUUGUUGUAUUUUCAUCUAGGUAUUUCUGUUUAUGGAAAAGAGUGCCCAGUUUGCAGAUAUGUAGUUCGUUUUCAGGACUACAAUUCUGGCUUUCAUAAUUAUAAUGACAGAGUCUUUCUUUCAAUACCACUCUGUUCAUUUCUGACAACGGGU